ACACUUUUCAUAGCAUGCAUUAUUGCAAGCUACACAGUAUUGCUUUUUCUGGUGCCUUCGUAAAUCUUGUUACUCUUCUUCCAUCACCAACCACAUACCCAGUAUCACUGUCUACACGCUCGUCCACCCUGUAAUGGCAGACAGUGUAGUUUCCUUUGUUUUAGAUCACUUAGCCCAGCUUGCCGCACGCGAAGCUAACUUGCUCUAUGGCGUGGAGGACAGAGUCCAAUCCCUACAGUACGAACUUCAGAUGAUCAAAGAGCUCCUCAAUACCACAAAGAGAAAGAAGGGAAUGCAACAUACUGUUGUGAACCAAAUCAGAGAUGUGGCCCACUUAGCUGAGGAUGUCAUCGACACUUUCGUAGCCAAAGUUUCCAUUUACAAGAGGAGAACCCUUCUGGGGAGGAUGCUCCGUGGCUUUGGCCAAGCAAGGUUGCUCCGCCACGUAGCCCACAAAAUAGACAAGCUCAAAACCACUCUCAACGAGAUACGCGACAACAAGGACAAAUAUGAUGCUUUCAGAGAAGCCACUAAUCAAUCCGCAGCAGAAGAAGAGGAGGAGAAGGAAAGGUUGCAAUCACUGCACAAGCUAAGAAGAGACGUGGAGGAAGAACACGUGGUUGGCUUUGUCAAGGACUCCAAGGAUGUCGUCAAGCGACUCCAGGAAGGUGGUUCGAAUCGUAAAGUUGUCUCUAUCGUUGGCAUGGGGGGAUUGGGGAAGACCACCCUUGCCCGAAAGGUCUAUAAUAGCAGUCAGGCGAAGCACCACUUUGAUCGUCGUGCGUGGGUUUAUGUCUCAAACGAGUGCAGAGUUAAGGAGCUUUUGCUUGGUCUUCUCAAGCAUUUGCAACAACAACGUAGCGGCAACAAGAAGGGUAAGAAAAGCGUGGAAGACGUUAACAACCUGAGUGAGGAGCAGCUGAAGAAACAGGUGUUGAAAUGCUUGGAGAAAAAAAGGUAUCUUGUGGUGAUAGAUGACUUGUGGAAAAGGCGGGAUUGGGAUGAGGUGCAACAUGCUUUUCCAGACAACAACAGAGGCAGCAGAAUAUUGAUAACUAGUCGUUUGAAAGAGGUGGCCUUGCAUGCUGGUGAUGAUGUUCCUCACAAUCUUCAGUUCUUGAGUAAAGAAGAAAGUUGGGAGUUGUUUUGCAGGAAAGUGUUUAAGGGUGAAAACUGCCCUUCUGAUUUGGAGACCUUAGGAAAGCAGAUGGUUCAAAGUUGUCGUGGUUUGCCGCUCUCCGUCAUUGUUUUAGCAGGACUGCUAGCCAAGAAAGAAAAAUCACAUAGAGAAUGGUCUAAAGUGGUAGGUCAUGUUAAUUGGUAUCUGACUCGAGAUGAGACCCAAGUGAAGGAUAUAGUUCUCAAACUCAGCUACGACAACUUGCCAAGAGCAUUAAAACCAUGUUUUCUCUAUCUUGGGCUAUUUCCUGAAGAUUUUGAAAUACCUGUUAUGUCAUUAUUGCGACAAUGGGUUGCGGAGGGUUUUAUACAAGAUACAGGAAAUAGAGACCCAGAUGAUGUUGCGGAAGACUACUUGUACGAGCUCAUCGAUCGCAGUUUGGUCCAACCAAGAGUGGACUGGGAUGGAGAUUUGGAGAAGUUUCAAGUUCAUGAUCUUCUUCGAGAUCUUUGCAUAUCAGAGAGCAAAGAGGAGAAAGUGUUUGAAGUUUGCACAGACAAUAACAUUCUAAUCCCUACCAAACCUCGCAGACUGUCCAUUCACAAUAACAUGGGUCACUACAUUUCUUCAAGCAACAAUGACCAUUCAUGUAUUCGUUCCUUGUUUUUCUUUGCGCCAUAUCAUGAUGUUGGUGGGAGAGAGUGGAAAUGGCUUUUGGACGAGUGCAAAUUGGUUCGAGUGUUAGACUUUGGAUCUAACAGGUGCCAAAAGAUCCCUUCCAAUUUAGGGAACUUCAUCCACUUAAGGAGAAUCUAUGGAAUUGCGAGGAAGAUGUUCAGAAUUAGAUGAGAAGAUGUGGAAUCUUCAAACCAUCUCUCGUCUUAAGAUCAAUAAGCAAGCAACAUCUCUAAUAAAGAAAGGAACAUUUCCCAAUAUUAAGAGGAUGGAGUUGUACGUUGAUUACCAAGAAUUACCUAAUUUAUUACCAAACUUAGAAC